ACCUUUGAAUCAUAAUGGGGAUCGGCUCAAACAGUUUGCCGUUUGGAUCAUUCAUCUUUUCAGGAUUCUUCCGUUUUUUACGUGGCCUUUGUAGACCUCUUUUGCUCGAAGAGCCUCAAGGCUUUGUCGUUAGAAUGGCUUUUCAAACGGAUAGCUGCACGGCUACACUAUUCUUCGUCGAAAAAGAUCUGAAAUUAACAGUGAUCACAGGCUUUGAUUGAAAGAAAGCAGGCUGAUUCCUGUCGACGUGUAGUCCGAUUUCGACAAGAAACAUAUCGAGGACGGAUCUGUGGCAAUCAAUCAUCAUCAAUAUGGCUGAGGAUGAAGUUGGGAUAAACGCAAUAAAGCAUGCCAUGAGAGCUCUUAGAAAGCGUCAUCUCAUGGAGGAGGGAGCUCAUGCUCCUGCUUUUACAGCUAUUUCAAAACCUAUUGCUUCUCAGGGUAUGGAGUGGAAAGAUAAGGCAGAAACUCUUGAAUUGGAACUUCAACAAUGUUAUAAAACUCAAGUUCGAUUAUCAGAGCAGCUUGUUGUGGAAGUUGCAGAGUCCAGAGCAUCAAAAGCUUUAGUUCAGGAGAAAGAAGCCAUAAUUCCUAGUCUUGAAAAUGAGAUUUCCCAAGCAAGGGAUGAGUGUUCUCGUUUAACAGCACUUUUGGAGGAAAAGACGAAAGCCCUAAAGUUGCUUAUUGGUGAGAAUCAGGACUUAAGAACUCAAUAUGAAGAUAUGAGAGCAAAAGCUAACAAUGUGGAGGCUGAAAACAAGACAUUAAUUGAUAGGUGGAAUUUGCAGAAAAUGAAAGAUUCUGAACGUUUUAAUGAGGUUAACGCUCUAUACCAAGAUAUCCUCAACAAGCUCAAAGCCAGUGGUCUAGAACAACUCGCCAGGACACAAAUUGAUGGAGUAGUUCGCCAAAGUGAACAAGGCGCUGAACACUACGUAGAGACCACCACCAUACCAAAAACAUGCACACACAGGAUCACAGCCCACGAAGGCGGCUGCGCAUCCUUAAUUUUCGAAAACAGUUCCGGAAAACUAAUCAGCGGUGGACAAGACCAAACAGUCAAAACAUGGGACACAAACACCGGGUCGCUAACUCGCACCUACCACGGUUGCCUAGGGUCAAUCCUUGACCUCACAAUCACAAACGACAACAACUAUAUAAUCGCAGCAAGUAGCUCAAAUAAUUUAUACGUAUGGGAUACAAAUUCUGGUAGGGUCCGCCAUACGCUGACUGGUCAUUUGGAUAAAGUAUGUGCGGUUGAUGUUAGCAGAUGUUCAAGUCGCCAUGUUGUCAGUUCGGGUUAUGAUCGUACGAUUAAAGUGUGGGAUUUGAAUAAAGGGUAUUGUGUGAAUACUAUAAUAUUCCCGAGUAAUUGUAAUACUGUAUGUUUUAAUUCGGAUGGGGGGACGAUUAUUUCGGGUCAUGUUGAUGGACAUGUGAGGUUAUGGGAUAUAAAAACAGGGAAGGUGUUGAGUGAGGUGGCUGCACAUUCUCUUGCUGUUACUUCUGUUUGUGUUUCUAGAAAUGGGAAUAUGGUGUUGACAAGUGGGAAGGAUAAUUUGCAUCAUUUGUUUGAUGUAAGGAGUCUUGAAGUUUGUGGGACGUUUAGUGGAAGUGGGAGUAAAGUUGCUUCUAAUUGGAGUAGGUCGUGUAUUAGUCCGGAUGAUAAUUAUGUUGCUGCGGGGUCUGUUGAUGGGUGUGUUUAUGUGUGGUCGAUUUCGAAAGGUGAUAUAGCGAGUACUCUUAAAGAACAUACGGCUUCUGUACUUUGUUGUUCUUGGAGUGGUCUUGGAAAGCCUUUAGCUACUUCGGGUAGGAAUGGAACUAUCUGUUUGUGGAGCCAUUGACAUGUUGGUUUUUUGAUCUUGUUGUAAAGAUGUCUUACUAGAUUCUUUCGGCUUGUAGAAAUAUUGGUCUUCCAUGAGAUGUUUAAGUAAUCACUUGGAAAGGCUAAAUAUGUAUAAGAACUAUAAGGUACGCAAAAUAAAGCUUCUUAAACUUGUUUUUCA